GGUCACGUGAUGACGACUUUUAGGCCGUACUGAGCUGCCCCACCAAAGGUCACCUUGGAGCCGCGUUCCAACCGGGCAAGCUCUCUGUGAAAGACUGAUAUAUCCAUCUCAUCGUUUCGGCUGCGCUGCUCUGCCAACACCAAAUCACGGUCAAUAAUAGAACAACGGCAUUUCGAUUUUUGGUCAGCCACCGGUGCGUAGAGCUGGCCUCAAGAUGCUUUUCUUCAGCUUCUUCAAGACGCUCAUCGACAACCAGGUGACAGUGGAGCUCAAAAACGAUAUCCAGAUCCGCGGCACGCUCAAGAGCGUCGAUCAAUACCUCAAUAUUAAGCUGGAUAAUAUUGAGGUCGUUGAUGAUAUCAAGUACCCUCAUCUGAGCUCGGUCAAGAAUGUCUUCAUCCGUGGCUCCGUCGUCAGAUACGUCCACCUGCCGCACAACGCCGUCGAUGUAACCUUGUUGGAGGAUGCUACGCGGAGAGAAGCUGCAAACCAAGCUGCCAAGGCGAAGUGAGGGAUGGAGGGAAUGGAUGGAUGGAUCUGGCUGAAUGGGCCAGAGCGAGGAAGGAGGGGCAUCUGACUCCAUGAUGACGGAAGCCAGCAUCUUGGCUACGACAGAGCCGCGGGGGGAGUUGCCUCGCACCAUUGCAUGUCAGAGUGGCUUCUCAGCGAGCUAGCUCCAGGUACACGCUGUCUUAGACGGAUAAUCAUCUACCUGCACAUCGUAGCAUGCGUAGUACCCACCACCAUAGAUGCAAUCUCGUAGAUGAGGAAUAUACCCAUAUUGAGACACGA